CGUGAGAGUGUGAGAUACGCGGGUCCUCAGCUUGCUCUGCUCCUCCGUCUGAGAAAUACCAACCACCGGCUACUGCGGGGACUUACUAAUCCUCAACUGGAUUUCAUUACACGGACUUAGAACUUUUUAAAUAUAACACAGUUUGCUUCUCUCUCACUCGGGGGAUACCAGCAAAUGCAGCGUGUGAUUAAACCACAAAAUAGUCACUUAACCUUGGCAAAGUGUAAAUUACGAUAAAUACGGACUGGGCACAUCUAGUCACGAAGUUUUUUUUGUGCAACUAUGCAACUCACAGGUGCUACUACCUUGAGGGUAUUUUAUUAAUUUAUGCUUUAUAGGCGUAACUUACCAAUCAUUUAAAUUGCACAGGUCUGCCAAGUAUGUCCCAGUGUACAAUCAUCUACCGCAGGUGCCCGUCCACCGGAAUGAAAUAUAUAAAAUAACAAAUGUAGGGGAAAGGACUAUACUUACAGCCACUGGGAUGAAGUGAAUGUACAGCCGACGAGAGCAUGGGAGCCGAAAUGAACGCCAGCAUGGACGCGGCCAGCCGCGGCGGCGAAGCUGCCUUUCCGCAGCAUGUCACAGUCAUUUUAGCCGUUUUGAUGGUUACAUUGGUUAUUGUCACGGUCCUUGGGAACGCGCUGGUCAUUUAUGCGUUUAAAGUGGACCGGAGUCUCAGACGGCAAAGCAACUACUUCCUCUUAAACCUGGCGAUAUCUGAUUUUCUUGUUGGUGCCUUCUGCAUUCCUUUCUACAUCCCCUACAUCCUGACUGGCAGGUGGAUGCUGGGAAGGGCUCUCUGCAAACUCUGGCUGGUGAUGGACUACCUGCUGUGCACCGCCUCAGUCUUCAACAUCGUCCUCAUCAGCUACGACCGCUUCAUGUCCGUGACCCGGGCCGUGUCCUACAGGGCCCGGCAGGGCAUGACGAACUCGGCCAUGGUGAAGAUGGCGGCGGUGUGGUUGCUGGCCUUCCUGCUGUACGGGCCCGCCAUCCUCUUCUGGGAGUGGGUUGUAGGCAGGAGCAACGUGCCGAGCGGCGAGUGCUUCGCCGAGUUCUACUACACCUGGUACUUCCUGCUGAGCGCCUCCACGCUGGAGUUCUUCUCGCCCUUCAUCUCGGUGACCUUCUUCAACCUGAGCAUCUACCUGAGCAUCCGCCGGCGGAACCGCGAGCGCGUACAGCGGGCCCCGGGGCCGAGGAGCCCGCCUCGCCAGCAGGUCGCCACGGGCGCCCCCUCCUCCCUACUCCGCAGCUCCAACCUCGUCCCAGAGAGGGACGCCAUCUCGGCAGACACCAAGUCUGCCCUGGCCCAGGCCGCUGCUUCCGAGGCGAGCCCAGUUAGGAGCUCCCAGAAUCUGCGACUAUCCCGGGACAAAAAGAUCGCCAAGUCACUGGCCAUUAUUGUGUGCGUCUUCGGAGUCUGCUGGGCGCCUUACACCCUCUUGAUGAUCAUCCGGGCGGCCUGUAGUGGGCGCUGUGUAGAGCGUCACUGGUACGAGGUCACCUUCUGGCUCCUGUGGCUCAAUUCGGCCAUUAACCCCUUCCUGUACCCUCUCUGUCACAGCAGCUUCCGAAGGGCCUUCGCCAAGAUACUGUGCCCCAAGCGGGUGGCCGUGCAACACCUCGGGGAUCCCCACUGCUGCCACUGACACCAGGUGGCGCUCUCCAAUCAGGGUAACUUCACAGGCAGUGCCGGUUCAUUCCCGAGAAACAAACAUUCUGCCGCCUGGAAAUGUAUAUCUUUAGACGUGGCUGUUAUCGAUGUAGAACUUCACAGUAAACCUGUACCCCUGUAAACCACAUCCCCCAUUCCUCUGUAAAGGUGCUCCCAGAACUCGUGUCCGCAGAGUUCCUGUCGACGUUCUAAACCCUAAGCUUCUGGCGGAUGAGGCACCUGUGACAUCGAGUCAUGCACUUCGCGUUAUGGGCGGACAUGGGAGCAGCAAGGCAGAGAGACCCAGGAUCAGCAAUGGGGGGAGAUGGUAUGACUCACUUCCCAAUGGGUUACAGCGGGCAGUGAGUGACAUGGCUGAGGAAUCCCACCAAUCCUGGGUUUUUCGCCCCUCUUCUCCCAUUAUUGGUUUUGGGACCUGAAAAACACUGUGCGAUUCAAUGAAAUCAAGACGACCUCCUCGCGUGAAUUUUAUUAAGGCUUUCGUCAAGAAGAGUCUGUGCACUUUUACAUAUAAUUAUAUAGCGUGUGAUAUUUUCACCGAAGCGACUAACGCGCGGUGGGUGUAUGUAGGGCGAAAUAAAGAGCGUAAACACAUCAGCACAUAAUCAGUAGGUUCACAAACUGCCUACUGUGUGACGUACGGUAUUAGUCCGAAAUACGCAGAAAUAACAGAUACAACACACACUACAAAGGAUAGACGUUAAAGACACAUAGAAAUUACCGCUAAAUAAAGCCAAGGACAUCAGUUAAAGACGUGUUUGUGGGUGGGGAUUGAAUUCGAGGCGGUAUAUUAGUGACAUUAGACUAAAAUGUAUAAAUAAAUGCAGCAAUUAGCAACGAAUCCCAUAACGCAGCACCGUUAGAGUUUCGCACGAAAUUCAUCAGGAUCCAGUGAGAAGUCUGGAGCUCAAGUGCCAGUUAAGGAGGCGAGCCCGUGCCCUUUCCUGUCAAGCGGACGGGGGACCCCAUGGGGCUCGGGAGGAUGUGCAGGGGCCACAUAAAUAAACGGCUGUCUUAAUCAUCAGCAGUCAAUAAGGCCCUCCUCAAAAAGGUUAUGAGGGUCGGUGUGUGAAAACCAACGCCGAUGGCCACAGCAGGCUGCGGGUUUUCAGCCUACCGGAGCACAUAAGCAUGCGACCGAACCGGUUAUUACGCUAAUUAAGUCAAUUUAGUCUCAUUGCCGAGGCUGUUAGCGACUUAAGAGGCACCGGGAAACCUGUCAUUGGAAACCGGCACUGCGAGUGGGACUGAGCGGCACGACUCAUAUUCGCAGGUGAAUCUAUGUUCGCUUUUCUGAGAUCCGCAGCUAUAUGCGAGUGCGUUUUUUUUUUUUUGUCUUUUUCUAAAAACGAUUUUUGGAUCUUUUGUACGCAGGCAUGUCGGGGUACUGCUUUGUGUCAGUGUUUGGCCGCUCGUUCACGUCAUUACAAGAUGUUGCCUAAUCUACCAUCAUUUUCUCCAGGCUGUUAGUCAUGUCCCUAGUGCCAUUAGACUAGAGCCCUGAAGAAUGUCAGUUGAAAAAUCAAUGAAAGAAAUAUAAAAUAGAUUUUAAGUAACGUCAUAAAUAAAAAAUAUGUAAAUUCGUCAAUUUAUAUUUGCGAAACACAUAUUGCAAAGUGCAUGAAGUUAUUAAGUUGAAUUAUUUUUUAGUGAUUAUUUCAUGAUGUGCAGAAGGUACUAGAACUAGCCGUUUGUCUGCUCUAGGUGGUUGAGUUUUUUCAGCAGGAAAUAUUGCUUCACCUACUUGGAAAGGCUGGUCCCAUACAGGUAUAAAGAAGCAGAAUUGAGAAACUACGACUGGCAAGAACAUUUUGCCAGAUAUAAUUUGUUUGUCCAUAAGGGGGCAGCACUGGAAAGCAGAUUAAGCAGUAUAACUAGCUUUGCCAUCUGUUUGGAUGCCUUGAUGCUCCAGUUGCGGCCAGAGCAUGGUGAUGUCAUGCCAUUGACUAACUCGAUUAAUGGCCAUCAGUUAAAAAAAGAAGUUUUAUAUAUGACUGUAAGUAGUAUUGCGUGUUAAAUAAGGCUGAUAGAAAAUAUAACGGGAACUGACACCAGAGCGCGAUUCCUGUACUUCCGGAGUGAACGGGCACUAAUAAAAUGGUAAUGUCCAUUGAAUAUGUUAUACAGGUAUUAUGGGCUUCCGUGAUCAAAUGUGUAUGAAAGAUAUAUAGAUUAACCGAACUGAAGAUUUGCAUAAACAGACACCAUGUGACCACCGUCGCGUGGGAGCUGGAAUGAAGGGGCUUUGCAAAAUCUUCAUCGCCAGAUUUUUGCAAUAAUCAGUGAUAUUUAUGAAACCUGUUUACAUAGUUAUUGUCCUUUUUUAUAGGCUAAAUUCCCAAAAUGUGUGUGCAUUCGAUAUAUAUCUUGUCAGAUAAUUUAAUGCAAGAUUUAUUCCACUGCUUUUUAUGAUGAUUUCGCACAAUUAUACAGCAACUACUUUUAAAUAAUAAAUCGACAAUGUACCAGAGAAGAAA